GGCAGGCUUGCGCCAUCGACAAACCUUCUGGCCCGCUUCUGUCCUGCAUUCGGGGCACCGGAGCAGGAUUACGAGAAGCGGAAGCUGGCGCAGAGUUUAAAGGCUGAGCUUGCCCCCAAGGAUGCAGGCUUGGGGGCAGAUGCGGUCAAAGAGGAGGGUCUGCGCACAGCCGGCGGCUUUUCUAAGCAGGAAAGUAAGAGUGGCACUUCGCCGAGGUUCAUGUGGGUGUGGCUGACGAUGAGAGGUGGAAGUUUUUGGAUCCCGCUCAUGGUCAAAGUUUACGCUGAUGUGGCCGUGUGCGGCGCUCGAUGCGACAUUUGUUUCCUCCUUCAUCUCCCCCACACCCCCAGAAUGCGAAUGCGCAUACUCCGGAAAUCCGAGAUUAUAAUGGGUCGGAUGCGAUUGAUGGAAAUGCGAUGA